GAAAAUCUCCACGCCGUCUGCCAUCUCUUUGGCGCGUUGCUUGCUUGCAUCAUUUCAUUUCAUUUGGUUGUUGUGCAAGCCACACAACCAUGUGAAAGCGGAGAAUCCCAAAACAACACUCAAAAUUUCUUUUUAAAAUAUCAGUACUAUAUAUAAAAAAAAAAAAUCAUAAAAGGGGAAUGGAUUCUUCUAGUUGGCUGCUACACCGUUACCGUGACGAUCGCCGGAAGCUUCUGGAAUUCAUAAUAGGGGGUUUGAUCGCUGAUACUUCCGGCUCCGAUAUCGAUUUUGAUGCUAUCAGCGCCGAUUAUGUCCUCCAAUGCAUUCACUCCCCCGGUGGAGUGCUUGAUGUUUCUGAAGCAACCACAAAGCACAUUGAUGAAUCUAUGUUUCCAACAAUGAUACACUCCCAAACUGGAGAUUCAUUUUUUCUUCUAUCUGAGCCAGACUCUGCUGGAUCUCCACCUCGACGUGUACCACCCUCAGUUGAAACUAACCAUAGUCAGCAUGAUAGAUAUUCAUCUAUUCCCCCAGUUUCUUCCAAUGGUUCAGAACCAACUGUUUCUGGGCAGGAUUUUGAAGUGAAUGAUUCAUAUGCGGUACCCACAAGUUCGAAGUCUACACAGAAGACAGUUGUACCUUCUCUAGGACUCCCUACGUUAAGAACAGGGUUAUCGGACGAUGACUUGCGGGAAUCAGCUUAUGAAGUACUGCUCUCAUGCAUUGCAUUUUCUGGGAUUGCGAUCCAUUCUAUGGAGAAUCCAAAGAAAGAUAAGGGCUCUAGAUUUUUGACUGGUUUAAAAAAUAGGAGAGAUAGAAGACAUCUCAGGUCCUAUUCUGUUGAUAACCAAUUUGAGAACAUUGACAUCAUUCGAGUUCAACUGCAGAUUUCAGAGGCAAUGGAUGAAUGCAUUAGGCAAAGGUUGAUGCAGUUUUCUAUGAGAAAGUCAAAUACACAAGUUGAUAUUCCUGAAAUCUCACUCGAGCUCCUAAGUGGCGUACAGCAGAAUGAGUUUCUAAUCGAAAGGUCUUAUACACAAUGGAGGAAACGUCAGGCAAAUAUUCUGGAAGAACUCUUCUCAUCUGUCAAUUAUCCUGAAAUGCAAGAACUUGGCAUUUUACUUGACAAGAUCAGAAAUCCAGAGGAAUGGAACGUUAUCAUGACACCUGCUGAUCGUGCCGAAGUUUUACUAGCUAUUAGGCAGGUGGCAUCUUUACUUUCAUCUACACGAGCCCAAGGUGGAUCAUCUUACUGGAAUGCUGGUUAUCACCUAAACAUAAGGCUCUAUGAGAGACUACUGUUUGGAGUAUUUGACAUUUUGGAUGAAGGCCAGCUCAUUGAGGAACAUGCUGAUUAUUUAAAGCUUAUCAAGUUGGCUUGGGGUACAUUAGGCAUCACUCAGAAGAUACAUGAUGCUUUAUAUGGAUGGGUGCUUUUCCUGCAGUUCAUCGAGACAAAAGAAAUGCUGCUACUCGAACAGGCAAACCGUCAAGUGCAGAAACUUUUGUCUACUAAAUAUGAAGAAGGAAACGAGAAACAAUAUACAGACAUCCUAAUGUGUAGGGUUGUCGACGAUGUUACUGAAGCCACGUUGAGUUUGGUGCCAGCAAUACUCCUAUCAAUAAAACUCUGGUGUGAAGGUAGAUUGCAAGAUUAUCAUCUGCAUUUCAGUGAGAAGCCGGUUUUCUUUCGAAGGCUGGUUUCCAUGGGGUUGGCUGUUGGAACGGAUAUUCCCGGGACAGACAACAAAGACAAGGAAACACAUUCUGAUGCUACUGCAGAGGCUGUUGUGCGCAGGGUUAAGUUUUAUAUUGAGACAUCUAUUGAAGCCGCAUGCAGGCGGGUAGAAAAUACUAUACAUCUCAUAUCUAAAUUGGAGGGGAAGCAUCCAUUGGCUUUACUUGCAAGUGAACUAAGAGUGAUUGGUGAGAGAGAACUAUCUGUGUUUUCACCUGUUUUGUGCCAAUGGUGUCCAGAUGCAGGGAAGCUCGCUUCUGUAUAUUUGCAUCAGUAUUAUGGAGAAAGACUGAAACCAUUUUUAGAUGCUGCUGCAUCCCUUUCUGAAAAUGCCAUCUCAGUACUUUCUGCAGCACAUCACUUGGAGCAUUACUUAAUUCAAGCUUGCAACUCAAAUGAUGAAGAAAAUGGUGUUGGGUUAUUGUCCUUUAACGAAUUUGAUUUAUAUCAGAUUCACAAUAUAAGUCGACCGAUCAUUCUUGAUUGGCUGAUUUCACAGCAUGAACGCAUACUGGAAUGGACGGGACGUGCUUUCCAUCUUGAGGUAUGGGAACCUUUAUCGAAUCAGCAGAAGCAAGCAGCCUCGGUAGUCGAAGUUUUUCGGAUUGUGGAGGAGACAGUGGACCAAUUAUUUAGGCUGAGUCUUCCAAUGGAUAUCUCACACUUACAAGCAUUGCUUUCAAUAAUUUAUCAUGCCUUGGAUGGCUAUUUGCUAAAAGUGGUUAGCCAGUUAGUUGAUAAAAACAAUCUAUAUCCUGCUCCUCCUCCUUUAACUCGAUACAAGGAGACUAUAUUCCCGAUAGUCAAGAAAAAGGUGGUUGAGAGUCUACUUCUUGAUGAGGAAGUGGAUGACAAGUUGAAAGGGUUGACAGGGGUGAAGCUCUGUGUCAGAUUAAAUACUCUGCAAUAUAUGCAGAAGCAAAUUAAUAUGCUGGAAGAUGGAAUAAAAAAUUCAUGGGGGUCCAAGAUGGCAUCUGGAUAUAGUAGAGACUCUAUAAUAUCUUCGGUUAACGAUAGUGAGUCAGUAGAUGAACUAUUUGUAGCCACCUUUGAUAGCAUUAGAGAUUCAAUAGCCGAUGCUAUCAGAAAAAUUUGUGACUUAGUUGGAGUUAGAGUCAUUUUUUGGGAUUUACGAGAAUCGUUUCUUUUUCGUUUAUAUCAUGGUACUGUUGAAGGAGCUCGAUUGGAAAAUUUACUUCCACAAAUUGAUAGUGUCCUGAACCGUGUAUGUAAUCUAAUUGAGGAUACACUUCGAGACAUGGUGGUGGCUAGUAUAUGUAGGGCUGCUCUGGAUGGCUAUGUAUGGGUACUGCUGGAUGGAGGACCUUCAUGUGCAUUUUCUGAUUCAGAUAUCACUAUUAUGGAAGACGACCUCAAUAUGUUGAAGGAUCUUUUUGUUGCUGAUGGAGAAGGUCUUCCACGGUCACUAGUGGAGGUGGAAUCAAAACUUGCCCAUCAAAUUUUAAGUCUGUUUUCACUAGACGCCGAAUCAGUAAUCCAUAUGUUGAUGAUGGCAAGUGAAAAUUUGUCCACGGGAUUUGGAUCUGGAGUCCGUGGACAAAGAUCUUUAGACGAUGCUAACACCUUGAUACGUAUUUUAUGCCACAAAAAGGAUAAAGAAGCCUCCAAGUUCUUGAAAGUUCAUUAUCACCUGCCUGCAUCUUCAGAUUAUCUAGAUCCUCCAUCAUAUGAGUCAACUCCAAAAUCGCCUAUUGGAGCAGAAUUUUUGAGAAGUACAUCAGUCAAAUGGGGUGACAAAGGUAGUAGUAGCUUUAGAUUGUUGAAGAAGAGGUUUCAAGAAGUGCAAGGAGGUUCUUUUAGAUGGAGCUAGAUGUUCUUUUAUAUAAUAUAUGUACACUGAACUUUCGGCUGCUUGAGGAUGUUAAUUCUCAUUAGUAAUCAUAUAGAUCGUGUUAUGGUAUCUAAGCAUAUAGUAGUUAAAAAGGGUAAGAGUGCCAUAUCUUGCAAUUUUGAUUCUGAACGCAUUCAUCAUUCAUUCAUUGUAACGUGUACAAGAGAACAUGAACACACAAGUUAUAAUAGAGUUUAGUUUGUUA